UUCUAUUUGUUUUUAGAAAAAUCGCCUACUGGCUUCGUGUGUCCCAAGGACCGUGCAAAAAAUGACGAUAAGGGCCAAGUAGUUACCCAUCCGAAGUUUCCCCAUCCGACAGAUUGUCAAAAAUUCCACGUAUGUUUAAAUGGCGAAGAUCCCCGUGACCUUGCGUGUCAGCUGGGUGAAGUUUAUAAUGAGGAAACCGAGAUGUGUGAUGCUCCAGAGAACGUGCCCGGAUGUGAAGACUGGUACAAGGAUUCCGAUGACAAAAAGGAAUAAUAUGUUUAUGUUUUAACCUUUGGCAUCCCGCCUACCGGCACCGUGAACGCAACAUCUGCUCAGAUUUGAUAUUCUACGGCGUCGUUUAUUGUUACGUUUUUCUCCUUCAUAUGUAUUAUAUGUAGUUGUAUGCACAUAUGUGCAUAAUAUGUAUGUAUCAGUAUAAUAUUUUAUUGUACUUGAUUCGGUUAAUUACCAUAGAAAAUAAGUCAGCAUUUUUUCGAUAUGACAAUUUUGAUGCAGUUCGGUCCGUUUAAAGGAGCUCUGUUGAACUGCAUCAAAUUUGCCGUAUCGGAAAAGUGCUGUCUUAUUCCUAUAGGUAAUUAAUCGAUUCACUUGUUCUUUCAGGUGACUUAAUUAUAUAUUUUAAUACCCAGA